AUGAAAUUUAUCUUUGCCUUGUGUGUUAUGUUACUUGCCUUGUCUGUCGCUGCUGCUCAACAUCACAGUGAUAUUACCAUUAACCAUAAAUUGAUUGGUACCUUUACCGAUUCAAAGACUGGUGAAUGUUUCUCUCAAUUUGAUGUAACUAUUACCAAUCAUUGUAAUAGUGCUCGUGUCUGCUCUGUCUGUAUUGGUACUGAUGCCACUUGUCGUCUCCGUGAUAACAAUGCCAUCUGGAAUGUUGUCCGUCUUGCCAAUGGUGAUAUUACUCUUCCAGCCGGUCAAACCAUCAACCUCAACUCUUCAUACACUUUUGGUUACAUUGUCCAUGGUACCGCUGUCCCAACACUCUGUGUCAAAUCUGUUUCAUUCUGUUAA